CAACAAAGGACAAUCGUUUCAACGCAAGCAAGCAGUCUAUUUGGCAUCUUGUGUCGCUAUUGGUGACAAUGUGACAAGGAUCAUCCAGGCCAUGGCCAAAGCAAAAUCGACAAAGGCCAACAAGCCUGGCAUUCCACAAAAGCAUCUUCAUUCGAGGCUGUCCUACCUCCAUCAGGCUGCAACAUUACUGACGACGGCACACCAUGCGACGCAAACAGAGACUGCAGCAUCGCAUAGCAAAACCCAAACCUCAGACAAUCGGGCUUCAGAAACACCGAUGACUCGGACCAUCCCUUCGCGAGAAGCCAACCGCUUGCUGAGUCAUCUUCGUGGGGUAUCCCGGAAGAGUCAACUGCGCCUGUCGCCCAAGAUGAAGCACACGAUAUGCAGACGGUGUGAUUCACUUCUUAUCGCGGGCAUGACUAGUUCCGCAAUAGUUGUCAAUAACAGCAAGGAUGCGACAAAACCUUGGGCGGAUAUAUUCGAAAUUCGAUGCAAGCAGUGUGCCACAGUCAAGCGAUUCCCCGUGGGAGUAGAAACCAAUGCGAAAAAGAGUCGUGGUCCCACAGAAGAAGAGAAGGAAAGUAAAUCUUCGAAUUGAACAGAUUUGCUUUAUCCAUGUUUUCCAUAUCAAAACCCAAUACGAAUCGUAUUCUCAAACAUGCCGCUUUUACGGCGCGAGCCGUGGCAGGUCUAGAC